UAAAAUAUUGAAAAUGGAGGGCUCUAUUUGGGUGGGCGUUGUUGGGGAGUGUUUUAUCAGCCCGAUGAAAAGGGCUCGUUUUGGAGCCUCGCGAUCGGUUUUGUCUUCGUUUUGGGAGGGAUUUCUCUCAGCGGAUCGGCUUUGAAUUUACAGGUAUCCUGCUCCCCACGAGGAGCACAGCGCCACCUCUUCAGGGCUCUCUGCUCUCGCUAGCAGCCAUAUCAUUUACACACAAAGGUCUUCUUUGUGGGGACAAUCUGCUCGAGUCUCCAUCACCACAAUAGCCAGAAAAGAAUGUAUAGCUUGUAAUGCUUCACCAUUAUACUUGUCCUGUUUGUACAGUUUGUAAAUCUCUCGAAUAUCUCAAAAUCAAGGAAGAGGGCAAUGGCCACUUACUACUUCAGCUCUACCAACCAAAGGGAUGUCAUGCCAACCUUUUAUGCACGGGAUACUGUGCCCUCAAGUACAAGCAACAUGAUUUAUCCAAACUAUUCUUCUGUUCCAUAUUCAGACAAAUUGGCAGGCAAUAACCGAUCCCAACAGAACAGCAUUGACCCUCCUGUUCCUUCCUCUAUGAUAUCACAUGACUCAUCUACAGGGGGGGCUGGCUUUGCAUCACAUCUUGGUGAGCGCUCUUACAAUGCUUUGAGUGAUGGAAGGAAUGAGGUGUUGUUCAUGCAAGCAGUUGGCAGGUCUCUGAGCAGACUUGGUGAUGUGGUUUGCAGUUCAGUUGCUGAUGAUCCCCAUAUGAGUGUUCAUACUCUGCUGGGCAUUUUAAAUGGUCAUGAUGUGUCAUUGCAUCAGUCAAAUGUUUCGGCUGCACAAUGCCAAGGGUUAUCUCUCAGCCUCAGCACAGAGAUUCCAGUGCCUUCAUUUCAGUUCCAGCCUGGAAACUCAGACAUCUCUAUUUUAAGUACUGAUCAGUCAAAUUCGGGAGAUGGCAGGGCAUUUAGAGAUGAUAACUCCAGAAACAAACUUAUACAUUCAAAUGCCUCUCCAUAUGGCCUGUCAAGUAUCACAAGCACAAUUUCAGGUUCCAGAUAUCUCAAGGUAGCACAGCAGUUGCUUGAUGAAGUUGUUAGUGUCCGGAAGGCUUUGAAGCAGAAAUCCGGCAAAAGUCAAAGUUUGGAUAGUUCUGCUGGGACCGCAGAGUGCAAAGAUAGUGAUGGAAUAUCAAAGUGUGAUGGGGCAUCUUUAAAUUCUCAAGAGUCCAAUGUUCAAUCACCUACUGAGCUCGCACCUUCUGAAAGACAGGACCUCCAGAACAAGAUGACGAAGCUUCUGGCAAUGUCGGAUGAGAUUGAUAGGAGAUAUAAACAGUAUUACCAUCAGAUGCAAAUAGUAGUGUCAUCUUUUGAUGUAGCGGCGGGCUGUGGAGCUGCUGAACCAUACACUGCAGUUGCCCUUCAAACAAUUUCUAGACAGUUUUGCCAUCUGAGGGAUGCUAUUAAUGGUCAGAUUCAAGCUACUAGAAAGAGCCUUGGGAAGCAAGACAAUUCAAGUAGUAAGGGUGUUGGAAUAUCUCGCCUAAAAUACAUAGACCAGCAACUUAGGCAACAGAGGGCAAUGCAACAUCUUGGCAUGGUUCAGCACAAUGCUUGGAGACCGCAGAGGGGGCUACCAGAAACCUCUGUUUCAAUACUACGUUCUUGGUUUUUUGAGCACUUCCUUCAUCCUUACCCGAAGGAUUCUGAGAAGUUAAUGUUAGCAAGACAGACAGGCCUAACUAGGAGCCAGAUCUCGAACUGGUUCAUAAAUGCUCGUGUUCGCCUGUGGAAGCCUAUGAUUGAGGAGAUGUACAAGGAAGACAUUAGUGAAACUGAGAUGGACUCAAAUUCUUCAUUAGAGAAUGUACCCAAAAGUAAAGAUGGGACUGGAUCCAUUGAGGAGAGGGAACACUCAAAAAGUCCUGCAACUGAAGGAUGUCACACGAGCCAGCUCGAUGAAUCUUCUAAAUCCAACAUCUCUGACAUGGAUAUGGGCGGUGCAGCUGCUGGGUUUCAGAAUGAGGCAAAUGUGGAUGACACAUUCAUGAAUCUCGUGCUAAAGGAUCAACGACCUGAAGGAGAGGACCGUGGUCUCCUUCAUGAUGCUAUAGCCCAAAGAUCUGAUGGAAGUGGGAGGUUUCCGGCAUAUCAGAUGGCUGAGUUAGGGAGGUACGGGAAUGGCGGGGUGUCUCUCACAUUGGGUUUGCAGCAUUGUGAUGGCGGUCUUCCUGUAUCAAACAGUCAGCAGGGCUUCCUAAGGGUGGGAGGGGAAGAUGUAUACAGCACUGCUCCUCCCCUCGAGACUGAUGCGGCAGAUUAUAAUUGUAUAAAUCUCGUGGACCAGCGCCACAGGUUUGGACCAUCAGCUUUGCUGCGUGAUUUCGUUGCUUGAGCACUCUUAGAAUCUAAAAGGAAAUGGUGGUAUUUCAGACUUGUGAUGCGGGAAUAACAUGUCUAAAGAAGAUUCAUGUUUCUGCUGUAAUUGUUAGAGAAUGAAACAAUAGCAUGUAAUAAAAUGGAAUGUAAGUGAUGUGGGUGGGAUAAAUAGUUUAGCAUGUAAAGAUAGAAGAAACAUGUAAAGUUCUAUUCAUUUUCAUCCUGGUAAAGGUUAGAUCUAUCCUAAUCUUUGACAUUUUCCUCAA